GCAUCGAGAAACCCGGGUCGAAGGCCCCAAAGAACCAUCACAUAUGCGGAUGAAAGGUCAUCCGCCGUAGGUUCAGCCAGUCUAAAUAAUAGACGACGUCGAUCGAAUCGGCGUUAUCCAGCCGGCUCCACUAGGCAGAGAAGUGACAAUCGGAAACGCAUUUUACAGAACGCCAUAAGAGAUAUAUACCAGUUCAUUAGGAAACGCCAUUUAUUGGCUAAAUGGAAUCGAGUUGGCGUUUUGUAUCGCAGGAAUGAUGCCCUCAUUGAUAAACAGCUUAAGGAAGCUGCAAAUCGUAAUUGGAAGAACUUAAGUGUGUCGAUUAAUGGAGUUUCUUCUAAUGCGUUAUUGCUGGCGGCACCAGUUGAAAUUCCCCAGUUGUACAGUCAGUUGGGCCGAUUUGAAGCUAAGAUAAAUGGAUACGUUGCCCGUGUUGGCGUAUCCAUAAUUCCUCCUGUGGAUCCCGUUCCUGCUAUGUCCAGUUGGGCACCCGUGCAGCUGAAUUAUUCCGUGGAGGACGAGCCUGUACUUAAUCAUUUACCGUACAUGGGAGAAGAACAGGCUCAAGAUGAUGUCUUUUUGGAAGAGCUACUCAACAACUAUGAUGGGCGUCUACAUGGGAAUUUUCCUUUUGAUUUUGAGUCGCAUCUGACCGUGGAGCUGGUUGACACCGUACAUUCCAAAUGGGCAACCUUGCCUAAUACUGAAGUCGUUGAAAGUCCAAAGUCCUUACAUUAUGAUUGUGAAGGGGAUUCUCUGGAGAAGGAGCUCUGUGAACAGUUGGCGGUUGAAAAUCCGGACAACGUUGUUCAGGAAGGUUGUCAGAAUGAAGUCAGUGCUGUUUCUUACAAGUCAAAAUUGUCCAAUUUUGCCUCAAAUCCUUUCAAAUGCUCUUCGAGUUCUCCGAAGAAUUCUGCCGUGGCAGUGGAUGCUCCUGCUGAUUCGAAUGUUUCGCGAAUUUCAUCGGAUUCAGGUGUCUCUGAUUCCGUUUUCAAGGCAAUUGCCUUGACAUUCGGAUCCGUUGAAGAUUCAAAUAAGCUUCAGGUCCAUUACUGCGAAAUGAAAAAUGCUGGGAACAACUCAGUCCCAUCCGAAUCUGGCACACCAUCAUGCCCGAAUUUGGAUGACCCUAUUGAAGUGAAGGAAGUUUGUGAGCGAGAGCAAAAGCGACCUUCUCGGCAUGAUGCUCUGCACACAUUUCGUGCCCUCUUCUGCAGACGUUGCUUCAAAUACGACUGUGCUCUUCAUCCCUACAAGUCCACACAAACCAUGUGGAGUCACCGGUGGCCUGUGAAGUCGUGGGCAUGCUCAAAUCUUCCUCUUUGUGGUCCCAAUUGUGUUCGUGCACUUCGUAGUGCAGGAACAGAAAACGCGGGAAAGGAAUGCAAAGUUAAGGAAGGUGAUAAAGAACCGGAGUGGGAAAUCUCUGAGCAGACACUUUUUGAAGUUCUUGCCCCUAUAUAUGUUCCUUUCGGUCAACCGAGUUUCCAUAACCAUAAUUGGUGCUGCGUCCUUUCGGGUUUUAUCAAAACUCGAACUUGUAAGGAGGUACUUCGUUAUUGCGAAAGUAAAAUAUCAAAAGAUCCCUUUCUUCUGUUUGGUCAUGAUGCGGGUCAAUCACGCCUUGUUAAUCAGUAUAAUGACGAGGUCUCCAUUCCAAGCCUCCGUAAUGGGAAACGUUUUUUUGGCGACGCCAACUCUGACUUUGAUGAUCUAAUCUCGGAUGAUGAAGAUGGGGUAGGAGCGAAUGGGGAUCUUGUUGGAUUCUUGGUUGGAGGAAAAAAAAAGCGGAGGAAGGCUAAACGGUCGCGCACCUCCCUUGUAAAGCAUCCUUUUGCCUCACGCCGCUUCGGCUCCGUAAACGAGACCAGUGACCCACCUCCUGGUCACAUGGGUAAGACAGAACUGACCACUGGAUGCCUUUCCAACUACUUUCAGCCCUGCGAUCAUCCUGGCUCCAGAUGUAACGAGUCUUGCAGCUGCAAAAAAGCCGGCAACUUUUGUGAGAAGUUUUGCCAAUGUCCAGUCGACUGUUCCAAUCGAUUCACGGGUUGCCGGUGUCGUGGUCAAUGCAACUCACGUGUGUGUCCUUGCGUGCUGGCCAUUCGUGAAUGCGACCCUGACCUUUGUCAUUCCUGUGGUGCGGGCACAUCCAGGCAGCCUGUGGUGGCAACCCAUGAAACUGCUCUAAAUGUUGACGAUAAUGGCAAUAGUAGCUCAGGUCUAACCCAUGCAAUCACCUGCCGCAAUGUUGCCAUUCAAAGGGGUCUGCGCAAACAUCUCCUCAUGGCGAGCUCUGAUGUUGCUGGAUGGGGAAUAUUUAUGAAGGAUGGUGCGGAAAAAAAUGAGUUUAUCUACGAGUAUUGCGGAGAGAUAAUCAGUCAAGACGAGGCGGAGCGACGAGGCAAGAUCUAUGAUCGUACCAUGUGCAGCUUUCUGUUCAAUCUUAACCGUCAAUUUGCUGUGGACGCUAUGCGCAAAGGAAAUAAAAUUAGAUUUGCCAAUCACUCCAUUAAUCCUAAUUGCUAUGCUAAGGUGUUGAUGGUGAACGGAGACCAUCGUAUCGGGAUUUUCGCGAAACGGGCCGUCCAACCGGGCGAGGAGCUUUUCUUCGACUACAGGUAUGGUCCUACGCAUCAACUGAAGUACGUGGGCAUCGAAAGGGACGAUGAGAUGGCGGUAGCUACCCAGGCUGCAGCCGUCGCUCUUAUCGAUGGCGGAAUCAGUUCGGGCUUUGCGCCCUACGCUACAAACGGCUGA